AGUCUUCGUUUUGUCAAAACUUUGUUUUCCGACAUUACUGUUGUUUAAUCACCAAUAAACGCUUUAUAUAUAUUAUAUCGUGAGGUUAUUUAGCAAAACGAAAAACAUCACACCUAAGAUCAGUAGUAAAAAUGAUGUCUGUCAUGGAACCCGUUAAUUCUCGUGUUUACGUUGGUGGCUUGGGUGAACAAGCGACCCGGCAAGACAUGGAAGAGCUCUUCAAAGAUUACGAACCGUAUCAAGAUUUGAACUUAUUACGGGGAUAUGGUUUUGUACAAUUUCCCUCAGAGGAAGCGGCUCGACUCGCAAUUGAUGGACUCAAUGGCAAGAUGAUGAAUGGAAGAAAAUUGACAGUAAAAAUUGCACAUGACAAUCGUGCGAAGAAGGGUCUUUUGCCGAGGGGAGUAGGCGGUCAGGAGAUGCCGGGUAAUACGAUUAGAGAUCGAUCGCCCAUCGAUGGGAAUCGUUUUGCUGAGGGAUACCCUCCUCGGGGCUAUCAUGGAAUGUAUCCUGGUAUGGAAAUGGGUGGAUUUCCCGAUCCGAUGAUGAGAGGACAUCCACCGGCGCAACCAACACAACCGGAGAGUAACGAUUGCGAAAUUAUUGUAGUGUCCAGAGAUUUAACAACCUAUGCAGAAAACAUCGAAGCCAGGUUGAAGCGAAAUGGCCUAACUGUAGAUCUUCUAUUUCCGAACGAUGACGUUCCCAUUGGCAAAGUUUUAUCGAAUAUUGCUUCUCGUGGGAGCUACUACGCAAUAUUGAUUACGCCGGAAAACGAAGAACGAAACAGCAUAACGGUUAAUGUUUUGUACGGAAUUCCAGCUGAGCAUCGCAACAUGCCAACUGAAGAUGCAAUUGUAUUCAUUUGCAAAGAUUUUGAAGAUAAGCUUCGAUUGGAACAAGAAAAAACAUCUAAAUACAGAGCUUCAAUGAUGAGUACAAACAGCAAUAAUACCCAUAUGGGAUUCAACGCACCACCUCUCCAGGACAAACAUCCCGAACCUAUACAAAACAUGCUAAAUCUUCUUGCUUCUAAUCGCCAACUGACCGUUCUGCAGUAUGAUCGACUCAUCAAGUACCUGGGUGAACGCAAGCAAAUGCAGAUCAAAUAUGAACUCGGGGAGGACUAUGAUUCUGUCGGUGCCAGCAAACUAAUGGAAACUAAAUCCAAAGAAGAAAACGAGAAACUUCUGCAACGCAAGAUUAUGGAUAUUUUGAACAAACCGUCGAUUGUCGCUCCAAAGGCUAAGAUUGUGGAACCAGAAGUAGAAACACGAAGCGUUUCCAGUACUUUUUCGUCUUUCGGCGGGCUCACAGUAGCAAUGGCAGCUUCUGCUUCUAAUGCAUCUUCGACAUCUGUACCCGCCCCUAAAUCGAUAAGUAGCAGCGCACUUGAUAGCGCUGCACCAAAACUGCUCCAUGAUCCUAAGGUUCAAAAGGCCCUCGAUUCGCUACUGAUGUCCGGAUUGGGUGGUGGGCUCAAGUUUUAAAGUUCAAAGAUAUUCGCUGCUAAAACUUAGGAAUAAUACUAUCCCACUUGUGUAAGGUUGAUACAUGUUUUCUCAUAAUCGUGAGUCGGUCCAGUGUUCGAAUAUACUACGACUAUUCCACAUAUCGGUUACGCGGUGUGUGGUCGACACUAACGCAUUCGAUAGAAAUAUAUCAGUCUAUUCGGAUAAAACUGAAUCUAACGAUACGAAUAAUGAUUACAUUAUAUAAUAAAAACCUGUUUUUUACGCAAGGUAAAUUAAAGUCAGAAACCAAGUGUAUUUAAA